UGGUGGUCACAAUCCUUCCUACAUAUACCGGCUCAUUGCUGAUUUUUACUCUCCUGACGACUUAGUAGUGCAACGGAAAUCAGCUUCUUGAAGAUCACCUUUUACUAACAAUGCUCUGAAACAUGUUGAGGGGGAGAGGAAGUGAGAGAACAAAAAAUCAACCACAAUGCAGAAAGUGUGCAUCAACAGCUUGGUAGAAAACGGCAGCCUCGAUAGCCGCCGCUACUACCUCGCGCGGCGGACCGUCAUCGAAAUGCUGAGCGACAGAGGCUACCUAGUCCCCGACAUGGACGCACAGCUCCGCCGCUCUCUAGCCGAAUUCCGCGCCGAGUUCGGCGACCAUCCGGAGGCCGACCGCCUUCGCAUCACCGCUCACCGUGUCUCCAAUCCUUCGCGGAAGAUUCUGGUCAUAUUCUGUGAAGGUUUUCAGACGAGAAAACAAAAUGCUGUUGGCAUACUGAGUCAGAUUGCUAACAAAGAAAGGCUGGACAAGGUGAUACUAGUCGUGCAAAGCAAGAUGAAUUCCCAUGCUCAAAAGGUUUUGGAUGAGUAUUCGGUGAAAGUGGAGACGUUUCUGAUUGCUGAUUUGUUGGUUAACAUCUCAAAGCAUUUUUUGGAGCCGAAAUAUGAGAUUCUGUCUCCUGGGGAGAAGGAUACGCUUCUCAAGAAACAUGCGAUUGAAGACAAGAAGCUUCCUAUGAUGCUUGAAAGCGAUGCAAUUGCAAGGUACUAUGGAUUCGAGAAAGGGCAGGUGGUGAAGGUGUGCUAUGCUGGUGGCAUUCCUCAUUCUCUAGUGUCUUAUCGUUGCGUCGUCUAAUCUCAACCUAGAAGAAAAUAUCGCAUUCUGCAGUUGUUUAAGACAUUCUAGCUGCAAACUAAUAGUAUAAGUCUAUACGUAGGUGUUUCUGUGGCUCUUUUGAUAUGUAAUUAUCGACAACUUUCUGUUUUGGGGUUCCACCACACGUUCACGCUGCUCUCAUUUAUGUUAUUACUAAGCCUGGAUAAUUAUAUUUA